GACACUUAAAUAUUUUCAUUUUUAGUAGUUUUCAGGUCGUUUGCCCAAAAGUUUCUGUUGAGUAUUCGGUUCGGUUACUUUACAGAUAAUUCGGUUUGAUUCGAUUAAAAUACGGAUUUUCGGUUUUCUUGCGAAAAAAACUGAAUUCCCAAAAAUUGUGAGUUUUACCUAUGCUGAAAACGCAGUGUUUUAGUUUUUAGUUAGUCUUCGAACACCGCCGGUGAUCACCGCCACACCAGUUCUUAUUUUGCUGCUGCUCCACAAAAAUUACUCAUAGCGUCGAGCAGCUCGGCCUUCACGCCGCCGCUGCCUUUGAAGUUUGCGCCACUCCAUCACCUUCACUUUCCGGUCGGCAUUCACUUUCGUUCUCUUGUUUUUACCGUCGCGCAGGAUUGUCUCAGAGUCAAAAGCUGAACGAACUUAGCUGCAAUGAAUACGAAAACAGUUGCUGAGGAUCAAAGAAAACGCACUUUGGAUGCAUUAGAGAGAAGGUUUGCUGUAGCCAAAGCUGAGCUGCUUCAGCAGCAAAAGAAAAGCCAGAAACAGAGACCCAAUGAUGAAGCUAGUAAAGAAAACAACAACAUCACUAGCUCUUCUUCUGUUGCUUCUCUAACACCAGCUCCUGCUCCAAUCACUCCGUUAUUGAAUAGCUCAGCCAAAAAAGAUAUGGAGGAAGAUGGUCCGGCAUAUUCACAGCUGUCCUAUCCUGUACACGAGAACCUUCUUACAACAAAUGUCAAGUUUCAAAGUAAAAGAGGAAGCAUGGUGGACAUGAUUUUACAUGAACUACUGCAACAUGGUGACUCUGCUCAAAAAUAUCUGCAAGGAUCCAGAAGUAAGAAAAUCGAUAACUGGAUCCUUCUUGAUAAUUAUGUACAAGGGCGUGGCAAGCCUACCAAUUCUCAUAUUAGGGCUUUGAGAACCCACUCAAAGCGCUCUAAAAAACACAUGUCUAUGAAGCAACAUAAGAAGUGUGGAUCAUUUUAUUUGCCCCAAGAUCUUCAAAAGUUUGAUGUUUUUAAGCCAAUGCAUGAGAUGUGGAAAGGCUACAUGACACAGCUUCUCAAAAAUAAUGGGAGAAAUCAGUUGGCUCAAUGUCUUCUGAGUGCAGAUCUGCAUGGUGCUAUUAUUCUAGUUGCUGACUGUAAGAUAGUGUCUUUCACUGGAGUUAGUGGUAUAAUGAUUCGGGAAACAGCAGAAACAUUUGGGAUAAUAACACAAGAUGAUAAGUUUCGGGUUGUGCCCAAAAAGUAUUCCAUUUUUAUAUUCCAAGUUGAUUGCUGGAAGAUCACAUUGCAAGGGGACAAACUGACUUCGAGAAAUCUGGGUUUGUGAUAAUCAUAUUCCAUCUUCCUCGGGAAUUCUUUUCAUGUCUUGCAGCAAGUGGCCCAACCCUACUCAAAUUGAUGAGCAGAAACUAAUGGUCUAUAGCAUGGUUUAUAGAGAAAGCGGGUGGAACUCACCAGAUUGUGCAUAAAGGAAGCAAAGCAUGCCUUGCGAUCUGUCUUUGACUGAAGGAAUAGAAUGAACCAUUUCAAAUCCCACACAUAACGAAAUUUCUCACCUUAUUAUGGAUUUCAUUCUUAUGGAAAACGAGUUGCUUUUGUUGAAGAUUGUAGAACUUCAACAUCUGUUUUUAACGGUCCUUUAAAUGUGUUUCAUGUUUUCCUGAAUUAAAUGCUGCUAUAUAAUUACUUUGUACUGGAAAAAUUUAUUCCCCUUGCUUAUUUCUUCCUGGCAAACUUACAGAAUUGUACAUAUGGUUGAACAUUAUAAGACUGGUGAACUGUCAAUGUGUAUUUAGUGUAUUAUUUCCAGGUUGAGAAAAUCUUAGGUAAAUUAUAUCUGUAAGGUUAGCUAUAGACUGAGUGUAAAAUUUGAUCAUGGUGAAUCUGUGAUUUUUUUUUUUUUCUA